AUGGCAGAACAACUUAAAUUAAACAAAAAGGUUCUUCAAUAAAAUGAUGACUGCAUAAACCUGCAACAGCUCACCACAAAAGAAAUCAUUAAAACAAUUUUAAGUUCUGAAAAGCCAAUUCCUCAUAUUUAAUAACAAUUACAAUAAAGUAAACUAAAAUAGUAUAAAUAGCUUAAAUACACAAAAGCCAACCUUGAUUUUGAUUUGAUACAUAAAGAAAAUGAAGAGCUAAAAAAAUACAAUUAAACUGAUUAUAUUUAUGAGAAUUUUUAAAGUUAAGAUGCGUUUGAUAGUUUGAACGAAGGAAACCAUUAAGUAUAUUUCAACAAAUAUAAAUCACAGCCAAGUUAGUAAGAUGUCGCAUUUAGUGACAGACAAUUUCAGUAAUAUCAGAUGAAACAAAUCAACAAAAACAAAAAUUAAAAUCAUUUAACAUAGAAUGAUGGAAUCACUAUAAACUACAUUAGCCAGCCUAGCGUAAACUACAAAGGCGAAGACAACAGAUAUAAUUUCGUAACUCAAAAUUUCGAUUCAGAACAUUACAAAGAACAUAAUUUUUAAUAGAAUUUAUUUUAAUAAUCAAAAUAAAUUUAAGAAUAAAACGAGAUAUCUCAAUACAAACCAAUCAAAAAUAAUUAAAUUAAUUUAGAAUUAAUAUAAAACAAUGCAAAUUUUAAUCCGAAUACCUCUGUUUAGCCACACAAUGCCUUUUUGAGAAAGAAUAGUAGAAUGCAUAUCAUAAGAAGGUCUUUAGUUGACAUCCUCAAUACUAAUUCAAGGCUACCAUCCCCAUAAGAUUGUGAAUCUCAUUUUAAGAGACUCAACAGUAACUUUGAAAGUCUCAAACACAGUCUUUCCUAGUGCGAAAUCAGUUAAACAGGAGUCGAUAACAAGAUUUUUGAUUCUAGUUUUUUAAGCUAACAUUAUAAUUAAAAUAUGAAUGAUAAUAUAAGUAAUUCUAUCAUCCGUAAUUCAAGGUAGUUUAAUCGUUCUUCACAUUAAAAUCCUCUAAGCAAAUCUAUGAUAAAUAGCCAAAAAAGCAGUUUAUAAGAUUUGUUAAACAAAAAAAAGCAGGAAAAGUGCAAUCAAAUAUUUUUAGGAUUCAACAAUAUUUUGCUCCAUAAAAAUAAAGUCGAGCAAAGGAUAUUUAACAAAAAUGAAAUAAUUGAACCAAAUUUAAGCAAACAAAAUAGUUAAAACUCUCAAGAACAAAUUUCAUAGUAAAAUCUUAAUAAAAAGGACCUAAGUUUAAGUAAAAAAAUGCCACUUAUAAGACUAAGAAGCAAUAGCCAACAUUCAUCUCGAUUUUACUCCAAAACUAGCAGACUAAACAACGAAAUUAGUUCUUAAGAAGCUAGUAAUAGAAAGGAAAGAAAUUAGCAUUUAGAAUAUAAAUAAUAAAUUAGUGCUUAAAAUUAAAAUUAAAAUCUAAAUCAUAAUGAAGCACGCCUAUCACAAUCAAAUUUACAUGAAAAUACGUUAUAUUUAAAAGAAAUUUAAUUUCCAAAUAACAAUUUUCAUUAAAAAUAAUAAAUUUUCAAGAAAAAAAGAUCAAAUUCUCAAGAAAAACCAACUAAAUCAAUUGACUUACUAAAGUUAGUGCCUAAUUAGAAAGAAGAGACAGAUAAAUUAAAGUAAAAUAAAAUGAUAUAGCAAUUUUUACAACAUAUGAGAGAAUAAAAUUAAAGUUAAAACAAUUAAAGCAGCAGAAACGGAAUCAUCUCUAAUUUAAUAAGCUAGAACAGCUAACCAAAAAUAGUAAGUACAUUUUAAUACUAGCCCAUUUAAUCAAUAAAUGUGACCAAGUACAACGAAUUUAAAUUAAACAAAAAGAGAAGAGCUUUUUCAAUAUAGAACUGCUAGUUUGUUGAAAAUCAAAACUUGCAGGAAUUAUAGUAAUAAGAAUAAAAUUAAAAUAAAGUAAUAAAUAACAAAUACUAUCAAGCUUUGCUAGAAUAAUAUGAUCCUCAAAGCAUCUAAAUUUUAAAAAAUAAAAUUAUUGCUAAUGAAAACAGAGAAGAUAAGGGAUUUGACCUUAAUACUUUUCUUUACUCAAAAUACAUAAAUUUUAUCAAGAAUCCAAUUGUUAAUAAAAAUCAUAAUGAAAUUAAAUCCCAACAAAUGAAAAAUAUCAGAAAAACUUACAGCUUAAAAAACAAUGAUUAAUUGCAAAGAACCACUUCUAUUAAAAAGAGUUCAACUCAAUCUCCCUAGCUAGUUUUUAAAAUGUAAGAAGAUGUAGAAAAGAAUAUUAACUUUAGUGGCUGGGAUGACACUUUUGAUUUAAAUAAAAGAGAUGAUCUAGAAAACUACCUUCGAGAAUCUAAUAAAAGAGAUUGGGUAUUUUGA